CCAGUUUCCAAGAUGUUUCCGCCUGUACUGUGUGUGUGUGAUGGUGGCUAAGGUCAGGUGUGUAGAGGCCAGUCAGGAACCAGGGAAAGGGAGAUUCCAGAUGCAGAAAUACUACAAAUUAUCACUUGACUGAAAAGGCUAGUGACAGUAGGAGAUUGUUGUGUUACUUUUGGCAGUAGUCUGGAACAUUUUGCACAGACGAUUCGGUAACAAAGCAAGGGAAAAAUAUGAAGGAUAUUGAGUUAAGAGGCAUGUUUUCAGCGCAUAUUAUUCUGGUCCUGUCUAUCGUCUUUUCUACCUUGGCCCCUUCUUUAUUUUUAGAAGAGUUUUCUGUAAUUGGAACCCACUUGCAGUGGUUGUGUGUUUGCUCUGCCACUGUUGCUGCUGUGACCAUUGUUUUGUAUUUAUUGCUGGCAACGAAUCCUACCUCCAACAAGAAGAAUUCCUCCAUUGGCACGGUCACUAAGAUCUUCAGAUCCUGUUUGUUGUUCUUUAUAUCCUGUAUAGUAUUUCAUGGAAUUUUAGUUUUAUAUGGAGCACCACUUCUAGUGUCCUUCAGGGAGACCUUUAUGUUUGCUGUUCUUUUGUCAACCUUUACAACACUUCGUUGCCUAUGUAUGCUAGGACCCAAUGUCCAGGCCUGGAUACGUGUCUUCACUAAAAAUGGGGCUAUGUCAGUCUGGGAUACCAGUCUUCAGAUCACCACAAUUUGCAGUUUGUUUGGAGCUUGGCUUGGAGCAAUUCCUAUUCCACUGGACUGGGACAGACCUUGGCAGGUGUGGCCAAUUUCCUGUACACUUGGAGCAACACUUGGAUUCACUAUCAGUCUUGUCAUCGCGCCAUUAUGGAUAUACUGGCACAAGAAACACCUCACGUACAAAUGCAGAUGAUUUCAGCAGCUGUUGAGAAGGCUAAUACAUUUGGUUAAACCAACUCCAUUUCGAACUACGCAGAACCACGUGUGGGUAAUUGGCAUCUCUCCAAGGCUACAUUUUGUAGAAUAAAACUGUUUACUUUUCUUGAA